AGGCAAUAUCACUACAUUCUUACUACAUUCCCAUGCUCCCGGGUGCUCCCGCGAGCUUACCUAUCAUAUCCACCAUUCUCAUCUUCUCCGUGAGUUGCAAUAGUAAGAGCAAGCAGGAUUGAUCGGCAGACAAGUCAGAUUGAUACUUACAAAAUCGAUGCGGGGGAGGAGGAGCACUGGCUGGCUGAGUGAGAGGAUAGGAAAUCUAGCUCUCUUGGCUGCGAUUGUGCAUCAGUGUCCGAUGCCAGUUUCGCAAUCUGGUGUUGGAAAACUCGUCUUUGACGCUGCGCGCUGCUACACGCUACUGUGCCGCGCCCCGAUCGAAAGGAACCUUGCGUGGAAUAUUCGGGCUGGGUGCACCUCGAUCCACCAUCCAACGAGGAUGGUUUGUUGAAGAGAGAAAGAAGAGGGGAAGGAAGGCUUUGGGGCGGUUGGCCUGGUCACGCGAGCGCCUGCCCGCAGACGGA